AUGAGAGUCUAUACAAUUCUUGCUGCCUUAGCAGCUCUCAUCAUCAGCCAUGCUGAUGCACAGUUGGCCGAGAAUUUCCUCAACAUAGGUCAAAAUUUGCUGAGGGACUUACAACUUCAGCUUAGAAAUAAUCAAGACACCCUGAUAAACGACCACAUGAAUAGAAAACAAAAUGCAGUGAAAUACGUCAACACAACUCUUCACAAACUCGCACCGAUUAUUGCAACAGCUCGAAGCGAAGGGAAGGACGUAGACGACUGUGUAAAAAAAUUGAACUUCCUAGCGACAAAUGCUUUAAAAACUAAAACCCAGAAAAUGAAUCUGUGUUUGAAGCAACAUUUGCCGGAUUAUCCACAAUUAACUGCUGCACUCGAUGAACUAAUCACGAAAGGAAGAGAUCAUCGCACAAAACUUGAAGAUAUCGACAAAGAGUGCAAAUCAAAGAAAAUACCAAUGUUUUGUAUCAAACCACGUGACGAUAUGCUCAAAAUGAAAGUUAAAUUGUGGAUAUCCAAUGGGGAGAGACUAAAAAGGAAGGAACAGACAGAAAGUUCCGUGGCGAGUACGAAAAUGGGACGCUGUGUUUCUUCGCUACUUCAGGAUCUAGAAAAAGAAUUGACUCCAUUACCUCGCAUCGCUGCCAGUUGUGUCUCGAAGCUUCCAGUCACCCAUCCUGUCUACGUUCCUUCUCCUAAACCUGUAGAUUCUUCCUCUAAUGCCAACAGUGUACAAGGUGCUUCCAGUGUGACAUAUAAUUGUAUACCAAUAAUAGUUCCGAGUACAACUACAUCGACGUCCACCACUCCUGUACCUACGACGACCACGAUUUCUUACAUCUGCCCUGGUCUUUCAUCCAAUGGAAUACCCGCUGUAGGCCUCACCACAGGAUCUGGAUUUGACAUCAUUGGUAACUCCGCAACCCCCGCAAUAUCCAAUGGCAGCGCUGUAAUUAAUAAUCUGACAACUAAUGUUCCCACAACGACUGCAAAGAUUAUCACCACGACAAGAGCUACAGUAGUUCCUACAACGGAGGAAGAUGCUAACACGAAGACUAGGUCUCCAUGUGACGGAGUUACAUCUGAGAAAACUACAACAACGACCCCGAAGCCCACAAGUUGUACUCCAUCAUCCACUGCAGUUCCUGUCACGGCUGCGACGACCACCACUUCCACGGCUUCUUCAUCAGACGAAAGUCAUCCGAGAGAACCGACAACGAAUUCCUCGACUACCAAUGAUAGUGCUCCUACAACCGCAAAAACUCCGAGUACGAGUGCUAUUUCUUCAUCGACGGAAGUCCCUACGGCAGAUCCCGCAACAAAUAUCAAGAAUAAAACCACUGAUGGUAGCACAUCAAACGUAGCAACCACUAAAGUCCCAGAAAUAGCUACUGCAUCCACCACAUCUAGCGUUUUUGCAUCCACCAAAGUUCCUACUGAAUAUCCAACAACAACUGCUUCAACUACCACGAGUAGUGCACCUAUAUCGAGUGUCUCCCCUGACGAGGGUCCUGCAACGAAUGCUACGGGUUCACCAUCUACCGUGGAUUCUACAAAAGAUGUUACAGCAGCUCCAGCAAUUACCUCCACCACUGGUUCGACGUCCACUGCAGAAUCUACAGACGUGACUGAAAAGGCAGCUCCAGUUACCACCAGUGAAAAAUCUCCAGCAACUGUCACUAGUGGUACGACAGAAAACACGGUAUCUACAGCAAAUCCUUCAACGGAUUUCGCGGCUGGACCUAGUAAUACUUCUGCAUCCACUGCAAGUACUAACGAUUUAUCAACUAAGGAUUCCGCUGGAGAUUUCACGACAGCUGCGACGAGCACCACCACCAACGCUUCAACUUCAGCUGCAGCAUCUACUGGAGGUCUUACAACUGUGGUAACGACUACCUCUUCCAGUGCUUCACCAUCAACAGUAGUUCCGGAUGAAAAUUCUACAAAGCCGAAUGUCAACACCGGUGCUCCCUCGGCCACAAACGUUUCGUCUAUCGCUCCUACAACAGCUGCUGAGACAGUGACUCCUAGUGCUUCCCCAUCAACAGAAGAUCCUACUGUAGUGUCUGCAACUACCAUGAAGGGUAGCACUGCUGAUGCUCACGCGUCCAACGCCUCAGCAACGGUUUCCUCAUCAACUACGUCUCGCGAACCUGCACCCAACGAACUUCCUACUGAAAAUCCUUCAACGCCUGCUUCGAUUACCACCAAUAAUACUUCGGUACCCACAAUAUUUUCUACGGGAGUUCCUGCAGCUACCACUGGAAUUAAUACCUCUGAAGUAGCAACACCCGCAGUUCCCCCUGACGUUUUUCCAACCUUUGCUCCACCCCCCAGUCGUAAUUUAAGUGCAGCCACCAUUGGAUCUACCGAAUCCCCAACAACGAGUGAAAAAAUUGACGAGCCUACUGUUUCUCCAUCCAACGUGGUUACUAUAGACGAUUCUAAAAAGCAUCCUCCAGCUACCACCAGUAGUGCUGAUCCAUCUGUAGUAGAUUCCACUGCGACGCCUACAACUGUUGCAGGGAGUAGUGAUUCUACUGCUUCUCUACCAACGGUAGCCUCUUCUGAUGUUCCGGCAAUGAAUACCGGGGGUAAUGCAACUGCGUCAGUAUCCACCACAACACAGACUGAAGUCCCUGCAAUGACACCCUCGUCGACGACCUCUGGUCCCUCUAACUUUACCGAAGGCCCUAUCACGGCUAAUCCGAUUACUGGCAUUAUUGAUUUUAUAACCACCGUAUUCCCUACGGUAGUUCCUACAGGUGGUGCUGGGGAUGGAACCACUAAGCCUUCUGUACCUUUUGUAAUUCCUGAUGAAGAUACGUCAACUGUUGCUCCACCUGCCAGCAUUAACGCCUCUGCAUCGACUGUGGUUCCUGUGGAAACUCCUGCAAAGGAUGGUUUGAGUACCACUACCAGUGAUUUAUCACCGACUGAUUCUACUGAAGAUUCUACAACAGCCGCUGCGACAACUCUCACUAGUGCUGCAGGAACCUCCGCAGGUUCUUCUGACCUUACUACAACGGUUUCGCCGACCACCACCACCGCAAGAGCCGCCCAAACAUCUUCCAAAAAUGAUUCUACUUAUGCUGGACCCUCUACAAAAGCUCCUACCACGAAUUCUGGGAAUGAAAUUAGUACUGUUUCUGCAGGGACCACAGACCCUGAUGAUUUAUCACCCACUGUAGAUUCCACAGAAGAAUCCACAACACCUGCGACGAUCAGCACCACCGAUGCUUCAACCCCAAAGAAGGUUUCUACUGGGAGUCCUGAGGGGUCAACGGUGGAGGGAAUUGAGACCAAUAGCUCUUCUUUGUCUAGCGUAGUUCCUUCUGACAGACUUACAACGACGGCUCCAAAGACCACCGAUAAUAGCAUUUCAGAAACUGAAGUCCCCACGACAAUUCCUCCGACUGAUAAGAUCUCCACUUCUAGUGCUUCAUCAGUUGUAAAUCAUAGUGAAGAACCUACAACGCGCAUCCCAGAGAUCAACGGUGGUGUUUCUUCGUCUACAGAAGACUCUUCCAAGAUUGCCACAACCGUUCCUGAUACUGUAACUCCGACUGGUUCACGAACAACGGAAGACCCUACUACAGUGCCUGCAACAGAUAUCGAAGGUACCACUGUCAAUGUUGUGGCAUCCAGCCUAGUACCCAAUGAAAUCCCUGCAGUAGUUUCUCCAUCACCAAACUCUUCAGCUUCUGCGUCUACUGGAGUUGCUACUGAGGAUCCUCCAACAGCUAGUCCGAUUACCAGCGGAAAUAUUUCUACAUCCACUGCAUAUCCUACCGUAGUUCCUGCCACUGGAGCUGGGGCUAAUACCUCUGAAGCUCCCAUACCCGCACUUCCGCCUGACGUUUCAUUAACCUUUGCCCCACCUUCGAGCGAUAACUUGACCAUUGGAUCUACUGAAUUUCCUGCAAGGGGUGAUUUCGAUUCUACCAAUAGUGAUGGAUCAUCCGCUGUAACAGCCGGUGCGAUGAACUCGAGUACUGGGUCAACAUCCACCAUAGGUUACACGGACGUGACUGCGACCGCUACUCCGUUUACCACCACCACAAGAGCUACUACUACUACCACAAGAGCGACAACUACUUAUGGUGUCCCUACCAACAGCAGUCCCUCUUCAUCCACAGAAGUUUCUUCUGAACUUCCUACAGAAGUAACUCAGACUGCGUCUCCAAAUGAUUCUCCUUCAACGAAACAGCCUACGACAGUACCCGCCAUAAAUACCGAGGAUAAGACUUCCAGUGCGGCUGUAUCCACCGAAGUUCCAACGGAAAAUCCUACACCUGCAGCUACGACAACUACUUCUGGUGUCUCUACCAGCAGUGGUCCGUCUUCAUCCACAGGAGAUUCAUCUGAACUUCCCACAGAAGUAACUCCGACUGUGACUCCAAGUGAUUCUGAUUCAACGGAACAGCCUACGAUUGUACCCGCCAUAAAUACCGAGGAUAAGACUUCUAGUGCUCCUGUAUCCACCGAAAUUCCCACUGAGAAUCCCACACCGGCGGUUACGAUGACGACUUCCAGUGUCUCUACCAACAGCAGUCUCUCUUCAUCCACAGGAGACGUGACUGCGACCGCCACUCCGUUUACCACCACCACAAGAGCUGUUCCAACAAUUAUCACUGACGGUUCUGCAAAUACCGUGGUCUCUGGAGAAAAUGCUACGACCGAUUUUCCGAUUGAAACGAGCACAACUUUUAUGUCGACCGCAAACACUAAUAAUUCAUCAAGCACAUCACAUUCUACUGGAGGUUCCACAACACCUGCGAUGGACAUCACGACUGGUGCUACAGUAUCCCCUGUAGACUCUACUGAAAUUCCCACCACAGAUUCGAAGCUCGACCCAGAUAUUAUUUCUAUACCUCCGACUACCACCAGUCCCAGUACUUCAUCCAUUGUAACUUCCACUGAAAUUCCUACCACAGCGGCUACGAGUACAACGCCCAGUGCUUCUCCAUCAACGGACGACUCUACUAUAGACCCUGUGACGAACACCAAGGAUAAUAUUCCUAGUGCUUUCUCAUCUACUAUAGCACCCACUGAAGCUCCCAUUGAAAACCCUACAACGACUGCUUCCAUGACCACUCUCAUAUCUGCUGAAGUUCCUACGGUAGUUCCUGACACGGGUGCAGGGACUGAAAUCCCUGAUACUUCCACAUCGACUUCAAUUCCUGUUGGGGGUUCUACAUCUGUUACCCUACCUGCCAGCGUUGAUGCCUCUGCAUCCACUGAGGGUCCUACUGACCUUCCUGAAGUGACUGACUCGACUACCACGACUACUAAUUUAUCAUCCACCGUAGAUGCUACCAAAGAAUUUAUAACAGCUGCUCCAGAAAAAUCCACCUCUCCGACAUCCACAUCGGAUCUUACUGACAUUACUGCACCGGUUGCUCAGACCACCACUACUGGAAGUCCUGCUGUAACAUCUGACACUAGUGAUUCCACACACAGGAUGGUUCCUACCACAGUUCCGACAACGGAUUCUGAGAAUGAAACCACCGACACUGCUGAAUUCUCACCCACUACAGAGUCAGCUAGCGAUUCUCCAGCAGCUGCAACCACUACCAGCACCGGUUCUUCAACAUCAACUGUAGUUCCUACUGCGAUUCCUUCGAGUGCUACUGAGACUAGCACCAAGACUCCAUCUAAUUCAGUUACUUCUGAUGAGUCUGCAACGACGAUUCCGACUGCCACCAGUAGCGGUUCUUCCCCGAUGGUGGAUUCCACUGAAAAUCCUACAACAACCAUCAUGACUACCACUUCUACUGCUUCUUCGUCAACUGCAGUUCAUAAUGAGGGACCUACAACGAACCCUCUGCCCUCCGAUGGCAGUACUUCGUCAUCCACAGAAGAUCCGUUUAACAUUGUCGACAAAAUUCCUGAGACAGCAACUCCUCGUGGUUCUGCAUCUACAGAAGACCCCUUACUACAUACAACAAUUACCGAGGAUCAUAUCGCCGACAUCACAUCGACCAUAGCCCCUACUGAACUCCCUGCCGUACCGUCUUCAUCAACUACUCCGAGUACUGCGGUAUCCAGCGAAGAUCCAACUAAAAAUCCUACAACGAGUGCUCCCAUUACUACCACCAGUGAUUCUACAACUACUGUAUUUCCUGUGGUAGUUCCCGAAGCAGGUGCUGAGACUAAACCCUCCGAUACUUCCACGUCGACGUCGAUUCCAGAUGAAGGACCUACAUCUGGUACCGUAACUGCCAGCGUUGACGCCUCUAUAUCCACCGAAAGUUCUACUGACCUUCCUGACAUGGUCGAGGUAACUACCACCACUAGCGAUUCAUCGUCCACUGCAGAUUCGACUGAAAAUUUUGGAACAACUGCUACAAACACCAUCAGUGAAUCAGCCUCUCCUGAAGGUCACCCGGACCUGUCUACAACGGCUGCUUCGAUUAGGACCACUCCAAAAGCUCCAACAACUAUUACUAGUGACACAACAUCCCCUGUGACUUCUACAACAGUUCCGACAAUAGAUGCAGAGACUGGAACUACUAGUUCUUCUGGAUCAAUCACCGAUACUGAUGAAUCAUCACCCACUACAGAUUCGUCUACCGAUUCCGUAACAGCAACAACCCCUGCCAGCACUGGUCCCUCAAAAUCUACUGUAGUUUCUACUGAUCUCCCGGAAACGGCUACAGAUAUUGACACUAAGACUGUUCGUCCAUCCACCCUUGUUACCUCUGGUGAAACUACAACGACAGCUUCGAUUACCACUAGUAGUUCUUCGUUCACCGAAGUGCCAACGGAAAAUCCUACCACCGCAGCUGCGACCACCACUUCCAGUGCUUCCACCAACGACAGAGGUCCUUCAUCCACAGAAGUUCCAUCUAAAAUUCCCGAGGAAGUUCCAGAGCCUGCGACUACCAGUGCUCCUGAAUCCAAUACCGAGGAUAUCACUUCUAGUGCUUCCACCUCCACCAUAGCCUCGACCGACGUCCCUACAGUGCCUUCUUCGUCAACUAUUUCAAGUGUUGCGAGCUCCACUGAAGUUCCUGUUGAAAAUCCUACAACAACUGCUCCCAAAACUACCGGCAACGAAUUUAUAACGACCGAAUUACCCACGGUAGUUUCUGGAGUGGAGGAAACUUCAGUAUCCACCGUAAUUUCUAUUGAAGUUCCUACAACUGUUGCCCCGCACUUCAGCGUUAACGCUUCUGCAUCCACCAGAGGUCCUGUUGAAGAAGCUACGACGUCUGAGGAGAUUGACAUUAAUACUACUCCUCCAUCUACCGCAGCUACUGUUGACCAUUCUACGAUAAAUCCUAUGGUCACCGAAAAGAGUAUUUCCCCAUCCGAAGUAGUUUCGACUGAGAUGCCUACCACGAUUGCUCAGACAACAGAUCCUGCUACUCCCCUAACAACAGGAGGAGGAACGCCCUCAUCAUCAGCCCCCUCGAGUCCAUCUGCACCCACCGAGGAUCCCACAACAACUGCUCCAAUAUCUACUGAUAAUGAUUUGACGUCCACUGAAUCUCCUACGGCACCUCCUGCAGAGGGUGAUGGAGUAAAGACCACUGAAAGUUCUAUAUCCACUGCAAUUCCUGUGGAUGUUUCUACAACCAAUGGCGGACUUAUCACCAGUGGUGUCCACCCCACUGCAUCCACCGAAGGUUCUACUGAAGAUCCUGGAAUGGUUGAUUUGACUACCAUCACUAGUGAUUUAUCAACCACUGUAGAUUCCAGUAAAAAUCUUGCAACAUCCCCUGCGACCACUUCCACCAGUACUUCAACAUCCACCGUAAGGCCUACUAAUAUUAUCACAACGGCUGCUACCAGCACCACAACUACAAGAACUUCUCCGACUACUAUCCCCAGUGACGCUCAGGAAUUAUCAACCACUAAAGAUUCUACUGACGACUUGAUAACAGCUGAGACGAUCAACACCACUGGUGCUCCAACGUCCAGUAUCGUUUCUACUGAGAUUUCUGAAACGGCUCCGGAGAUUGUGUCUAACGCCACCUCUUCAUCGGGUGUAGUUACUUCUGGUGGCACUACUCCAGCUACCUCUAAUAAUAGUACUUCAUCAAUCGUAGAUCCCACUGAAGCUCCUUCAACGGCGGAUACAAUUAUCAUUUCUAGUGCUUCUCCAUCCACCACAGCACCCACUGAAAUCACUCCACCAGCCUCUUCGUCGACUAAUUCUAAUAAUUUCGUAUCGACCGAAGUUCCUACGGAAGAUCCUGUAACUGUAGCUACGACUGGCGCUUUCAGUGUUUCCACUAAUGUCAGCUCUUCGGCAUCCACAGGAGUUUCGUCUGAAAUUCCUACUGAAGUAACUGAAAGUGCAACUGCCAGCGGUUCUCAAUCAACGGAGCAACCUACGACAGUGCCAGCCAUAAAUACGGAAGAUAAGACUUCUAGUGCUACUGGGUCCACCGAAAUUCCGACUGAGAAUCCCACACCUGCAAUUGCGACGACCAUUUCUAGUGUCUCUAGCAACAGCAGGCUGUCUUCAACUACAGGAGUUCCUUCUGCACUUCCCACAGACGUAACUCAGACUACGAUUGUAAGUGAUUCAUCAUCAACGGAGCAACCUACGACAGGACCCACCAUCAAUACCGAAGAUAACAGUUCUAGUCCUUUCGCGCCUACCACCGGACCCACUGGAAUCCCUGUACCGGCUUCUUCGUCAACUAUGUCCAGUGAUUCUGCAUCCACAGAUGUUCCUACGGAAGAUCCCUCAAGUGCAGUAACAACGAUCACUUCUAGUGUGUCUACCAAUAGCAGUCCGUCUUCAUCCACAGGAGUUUCUUCUGAACGUCCUACAGAAGUAACUCAGACUGCAAAUGCAAGCGAGUCAACGACGCAGCCUACGACAGUGCCCGCCAUAAAUACCGAGGAUAAGACUUCUAAUGCUCCUAUAGCCACCGAAAUUCCCAAUGAGAAUUCCACACCUGUAGUUACGACGAUUUCUUCUGGUGUAUCUACCAGUAGCAGUCCCUCUUCAUCCACAGAAGUUUCUUCUGACCUUCCUACAGAAGUAACUCAGACUGCGACUCCAAGUGAUUCUCCUUCAACGGAACAGCUUACGACAAUUCCCGCCAUAAAUACCGGGGAUAAGACUUCCAGUGCAGCUGUAUCCACCGAAGUUCCGACUGAAAACCCUACACCUGCAGCUACGACAACUACUUCUGGUGUUUCUACCAGCAGCGGUCCGUCUUCAUCCACAGCAGUAUCGUCUGAACUUCCCGAAGAGGUGACCCAGACUGAGGCUGCAAGUGAUUCUCCUUCAACGGAACAGCCUACGACCAUUCCCGCCAUAAAUACCGGGGAUAAGACUUCCAGUGCUUCUAUAGUCACCGAAAUUCCCACUGAGAAUCCUACACCUGCAAUUACGACGAUCUCUAGUGUCUCUACCAGUAGCGGUCCGUCUUCAUCCACAGGAGUUUCGUCUGAACUUCCCACAGAAGUAGCUCCGACUGCGACUCCAAGUGAUUCUGAUUCAACGGAACAGCCUACGACAGUACCCGCCAUAAAUACCGGGGAUAAGACUUCCAGUGCUCCUAUAGCCACCGAAAUUCCCAAUGAGAAUUCCACACCUGCAAUUACGACGAUCUCUUCUAGUGUCUCUACCAGUAGCGGUCCGUCUUCAUCCCCCGGAGUUUCUUCUGAACUUCCAACAGAAGUGACUCAUGCUGCGACUACAAGUGAUUCUCCUUCAACGGAACAGCUUACGACAGUACCCGCCAUAGAUACCGAGGAUAAGACUUUCAGUGCUCCUAUAGCCACCGAAAUUCCCAAUGAGAAUUCCACACCUGCAGUUACGAAGAUCUCUUCUAGUGUCUCUACCAAUAGCAGUCCGUCUUCAUCCACUGGAGUUUCUUCUGAACCUCCUACAGAAGUAACUCAGACUGUAACUGCAAAAGAGUCAACGGAGCAGCCUACGACAGUGCCCGCCAUAAAUACCGAGGACAAGACUUCCAGUGCUCCUAUAGCCACCGAAAUUCCCAAUGAGAAUUCCACACCUGCAGUUACGACGAUCUCUUCUAGUGUCUCUACCAAUAGCAGUCCGUCUUCAUCCACAGGAGUUUCUUCUGAACCUCCUACAGAAGUAACUCAGACUGUAACUGCAAAAGAAUCAACGGAGCAGCCUACGACAGUGCCCGCCAUAAAUACCGAGGAUAAGACUUCCAGUGCUCCUAUAGCCACCGAAAUUCCCAAUGAGAAUUCUACACCUGCAGUUACGACGAUCGCUUCUAGUGUCUCUACCAGUAGCAGUCCGUCUUCAUCCACAGGAGUUUCGUCUGAACUUCCUACAGAAGUAACUCAGACUGCGACUCCAAGUGAUUCUGAUUCAACGGAACAGCCUACGACAGUACCCACCAUAAAUACCGAGGAUAAGACUUCCAGUGCUCCUAUAGCCACCGAAAUUCCCAAUGAGAAUUCUACACCUGCAGUUACGACGAUCGCUUCUAGUGUCUCUACCAGUAGCAGUCCGUCUUCAUCCACAGGAGUUUCGUCUGAACUUCCUACAGAAGUAACUCAGACUGCGACUCCAAGUGAUUCUGAUUCAACGGAACAGCCUACGACAGUACCCACCAUAAAUACCGAGGAUAAGACUUCCAGUGCUCCUAUAGCCACCGAAAUUCCCAAUGAGAAUUCCACACCUGCAGUUACGACGAUCUCUUCUAGUGUCUCUACCAAUAGCAGCCCAUCUUCAUCCACAGAAGUUUCUUCUGAACCUCCUACAGAAGUAACUCAGACUGCAACUGCAAGUGAGUCAACGGAGCAGCCUACGACAGUGCCCGCCAUAAAUACCGAGGAUAAGACUUCCAGUGCUCCUAUAGCCACCGAAAUUCCCAAUGAGAAUUCCACACCUGUAGUUACGACGAUUUCUUCUGGUGUCUCUACCAGUAGCAGUCCCUCUUCAUCCACAGAAGUUUCUUCUGAACUUCCCACAGAAGUAACUCCGACUGUGACUGCAAGUGAUUCUCACUCAACGGAGCAAACUGCGACCGUGCCUGCUAUAAAUACCGUCAAUAACGCUUCUAGUCUUUCCACACCCACUACAGAAGCCACUGAAGUCCCUACACCGGCUUCUUCUUCACCUAUUUCCAGUAAUUCUGCAUCCACCGAAGUUCCGACCGAAGUUCCCUCAACUAUACCUACCACCACUUCCAAUACUUCCAACAAUGGCGGUGAUUCCGCAUCCCCUGAAGUUCCUACUGAAGAUCCCUUAUCUGCAGCCACGACUAUCACUUCCAGUGCUUCCAACAAUGGCAGUGUUUCUUCAUCCCCAGAAGUUUCGUCUGAAACUCCCUCAAAAGUAACUGACACUGCCACUGUUUCUCAAUCGACGGAGUACUUGACUACACUACCGGCCAUAGAUCCCGAGGAUAAGACUUCCAUUAAUUUCACAUCCACCAUAGCACCCACCGAGGCCCCUGCACCGGCUUCUUCAUCACCUCCUUCCAGUGCUCCUGCCGCCACUGAUGUCCCUACUGAAUAUCCUACAACGAUUGCUCCAGCAACCACCACUCGUGCCUUUAUAUCCCCUGUAUUCCCUACGGGAGUUGCUACAGUCGAUGCUGCUAUCAAUUCUUCCGCAGUUACCACCUCCACCGUACUACCUACUGAAGUGCCUCCAACCCUUGCGCCUUCCAGCAGUAACGCCUCGGCCUCUACCAUAUCUCCCCCAAUUACUGUUUCUCCUACCACCACUAGUGAUUCAUCAUCGACUGCAGACUCUACAAAAGACUCCACAACAGCUGCCGUGAUCACCUCCACCAAUGCUUCUGCAUCCCCCGUAGACCCUACUGACACUACCACAAUAACUGCUCCUACUUCCACUACUACAAGAGCUGCUCCAACAUCUGCUUCCAGUGAUUCUACAUCCACUGCUUCCACUACAGUGGACCCCAUAACGAAUUCGACAAUUAGAAUUACUAGUCCUCCGACAUCAACCAUAGACACCAAUGAUUCAUCAUCCACUGCAAAUUCUGCUACAAACCCCCCAACACCAGCGAUUACCACAACUGGUUCUCCUACCCCUACCGUAGUUUCCACUGCAAUUCCUAUCACUACGGAGAUCGAGCCAAAGACUGUUUCUACAACGAUUACAUCUCGUAUCACCUCUUCACCUCCCAUUACUAUUCCUAGUUAUAUCACUAAUUCUACACUACAAGCUAGUUCAAGGCCGGCACCAACUGCUGCGACUACCUCCACGAUCACUCCCGAAGGCACCACAGAAUACGUUCCUUGUAACUGCGAUCGUACCACUAUACCUCCUACAACAACCACAACUACCACAACUACCACCACAACGCUCCCACCACUUCCUCUAUUUUGCAAAUGUCGAAAAGCCCACCAAUUUAAAUUGGUAAAAUUGUAUGCUCGAUCCAACAUAUCGACGCUUCUCAUUCAUUCUCAAAAAACGUACCUGAGGAAUGCGAAAUCCUCGAUAGAAUUAGAGACAAAGCCAGAAAAAUAUUAA